GCAUUACUGUAUUCUUAGCCUCCAAACACCACAUUAACCGUGAUUCUUGUUCCGUUUGCGGCCUCGUUGUGCUUCUGCUGGCGUUCAAACGCAUCGCCAAUGCGUUGGACUGCAAGUUCCUCUUUUGAAAUCUCCCGCAGUGCUCGACAGCUCCUCAGCUUUUAUACAUAGAGAGAUCUUUACUGAAAGUGGUUGAGAUGAUGUCCUACGUCCACAGAACAUGCCUAAUCUGUGGGCAUUCACCAUGGCGUCGCAGAUUCCCCGAUGCCGUCACUCAAAAUUGCCGCUAUCCUUCACAGAUAUGUCUACGUUGUAUCCGAAAAUGGAUCCACGUCCGGCUGGAAGAUGGAACUUCUUGGAAUCAGAUUAAGUGUCCUGGAACUAAUUGUGGUCAAGAUAUUCGAACCUAUGUUUUGCCGGAGGAUUUUGCACGGUAUGACGUCCUAGCCACUAAAGCUGUUCUCGAAACCGAUCCCGAUUUCCACUGGUGCCUAAAUCCAAAGUGCCGAUCAGGCCAGAUAACGACAGGAGGCGGGAAUAUCUUCACCUGCAGCGACUGCGGCUUCCGAACUUGCGUCGGUAGACACGCCACAGAUGUCCCGUUGUAUGUCGGCGAGACUUGUGAGGACUAUGAGAAGCGCCGUAUCCACAAAGCCGAGGAAGAGAAAUCCCUGAAGCUGAUUCUACAGGAGUCCAAGCCGUGUCCUGGCUGCCAAAAGCGCAUCGAGAAGGCCGAUGACAGAAGCUGUGAUCAUAUGACCUGUUCUAAUUGCGGUUACAAGUUCUGCUGGUUGUGCCUCGCUGAUUUUAGAUGGAUCAUGCAUACAAAUAACUCUGCUCAUCAGCCUACUUGUAGACACUACUCUCUAUCAGGUAAAAAGGGAUCGGGAGACGAGGUAGAUUAG